UAAUUGGUGUAGGCAGAGGGACAAAUAGGUAAGGCAGCCGAAGUACCGAAAAGUUUGUACUCACACUUAUUAAGUAGCAUUACCUGGGAUUCAGAUCCUUCUUUCUCAUCUUCAACAUAGAAAAGAGAAAACAAGAAAAUGGCCUCCGAUCAGACCCUUUUUCACUACUGCCUCCUCACACUUUACAUAAUCGCCUUACCAACAUGGAUCAGCCUUUACUUCCUCCAAGCCCCUUACGGCAAGCACAACCGCCCUGGUUGGGGUCCUACCAUCUCUCCACCUUUGGCUUGGUUCCUCAUGGAAAGUCCCACCCUCUGGCUCACUUUCUUUCUCUUUCCCUCCGGCCAACAUUUCUACAACCCUAAAUCAUUCCUUCUCAUCUCCCCCUUUCUCUUUCACUACUUCAACCGCACUGUCCUUUACCCUCUUCGCCUCUCCAGGAACACCACCCAAACCAGGGCUUUUCCGGUGAGUGUAGCUUUUAUGGCGUUUGGGUUUAAUCUUUUGAACGGUUAUUUGCAAGCCAGGUGGGUGUCGCACUAUAAGGACGACUAUGAAAAUGAGGAGCUGUUUUGGUGGAGGUUUCUUGGUGGAUUGUUAAUUUUUGUAGUUGGUAUGUGGGUGAAUGUUUGGGCUGAUAAAGUGUUGGUGGGACUGAAGAAACAAGGUGAUGGUGGAUAUAAGAUCCCAAGGGGAGGGCUGUUUGAGUUGGUGAGUUGCCCCAACUAUUUUGGGGAGAUUAUGGAGUGGUUUGGGUGGGCGUUAAUGACAUGGUCUUGGGUGGGGUUUGGCUUCUUUCUCUACACUUGUGCCAACCUGAUGCCUAGAGCUCGUGCCACCCGGCUUUGGUAUUUGGAGAAGUUUAAGGACGAUUAUCCCAAAGACAGAAAAGCUGUGAUCCCAUUCAUAUAUUGAAGAUUUGAUAUUUGUGUUUAUCCACAUAUGAUUGAUUCGGUGAUCAAGUUGUAGCUUUUUAAUGGUUUGAUUAAUAAAAAAUCGAAUUUCUUUUCUGUUA